GGAACGUCAACAUCCGGCGACACGUCUCCUGGACAGAGCGGAGCGCUAAUCCUUCAGAUUUGUCUGAGGCGUUGUUUUCAUCUCAGACAUAUAUUGUUCAUGUGAGAAUUUCUGAACACGUAGUUUCACUUUUUUUUUUUUACAACCUCGGCCGACCUGCAGGGCCGUAGACACCGUUAGAGCUUCAAAUGGGGGAAGUGAGGAAGCUGCAGAAGAAGUUAAGGCAGAUUGAAAAUCUGGAAAUAAAAAUCAGUCUGACCCCAGAGGAGAAGUUUAAGAUCUCCAGGAAGGCGGAGCUGCGCUCCAGAUUGGCUGAGCUUCAGCUGCAGCUUUCUGGCCCGCAGCAAACUCCUGGGAUUGUGGGAGACGGAAAUAAGGAGAAGAUGAAAAGACAAGUGGACGAUGCCCCGGAGACCCUUCCAUCACAAACGCCUCCAGCCUCCAAGAUCCUUAAGGGAGAAACGGAGUCCAACGCUACAGGAGCGCCAGCGCUGGCUGCCAGGCAGAGGGCUGCGGGGGGAAACGCAGCGGAGACGGGGGGGCCGCAGGACGGGACGGAGCCGUCUAAGGUGUCGCCUCAGAGCAGAGACGGCUCUCCAGAACAGCUACGGCAACAGGAAGAAGCAGAGUUUUCAUCCCUCAAAGCGUCCUGGGAGAAGGCGAGGUUUCGCUUGAGGCUGCUGGAGGGUCACAACGACAUAGUUACCAGCGUGGUUGCUGUUGACAACCUGGUGGUUUCUGGAAGUCGAGACACGACGGUGAAGGUGUGGCACGUUCCCACAGCAACAGAGCAGAAGAACCUGGGGGGUCACGCCGGCGGAGUCACCUGCCUGUCGGCACCUCCCCCCGAGUAUUGCAGGCGGCUGGCCCGGUCCCUGUCCCUGUCUGAGAAAGAGAGGUUUAUUUUGAGCGGCUCAGCAGACUGCUGUGUGAAGAUCUGGGCGCUGAGCAUCGGGCAGUGUGUUAAGUCCGUCUACACGUUCAACGCGGUGACUGCGCUCUGCUUUGCGCCCGAGGGGGACGGCUACAUCAUCACCGGUUCAGACGGGGGUAAAGUUCAAGCCUGGAGCUGGCACACUUUCCAGAACUGCCAGUCAGUCAACGCUCACCAGGAAGCAGUCACCUCCAUUCAGUCUCAGGGUCCUCUGGUGUUCAGCGGCUCGGCUGAGGGGGGGGUGUCUGUGUGGGAGAACCGGUGUUCGGAGCGAGACCCCCUGAAGCUGCUGCACCACUGGAGCAGCCGGGUGACGGGCCUCAGCGGGGGGCCGGACGGCCGUCUGAAGCUCAGCCCGCGCGGAGACCGGCUGUUCCUGGCUUACGGCCGCGCCUCCAUCAAGAUCCUACACUGGAGGACAGGAGUGAUAUCCAGGCUGACCAAUCACAGCAGCGUCACCGGCGUGACAGAUUGUGUCCACCAGACCGGGGGCCUCCUAAUUGGCUCCUGCUACGACCUGGCGAACGGAGACAGCUCCCUUAACUUGUUCUCUCUGCCGCAGUGCCGCUACUUGGCCUCCCUGACCUGGCCCGACGCUCCCAGGAUCCUCUGCUUCGCGGCGUGGACGACCGGCAGCGGGGACCACCGUUGGGUGAUCGGGGGCCGUGACCUCGUCGUAUGGGAGCAGCUCCCCAGUUCUGGGAAGCAGAGGAGCGACGUCACAGUGAAGAGAGACAGUCGGAUGGACUCGACGCUGCUGGAGUCAGAGGGGGACACCGAGGAGGACGAGGAGAGCGACGAUUACGGGGAUAAUGAGGACGGAGGAGGAGGAGGAGGAGGAGGCGCCCGCCCCGGAGCUGCUGAGGACGGAGCAUCCGGCUCGUGGCUACGCUGCGUUCUCCAGUGAAGCCCGGGACGCCACGGCCUGCAGCCAUCAGCGGGAAACGAGAGGGUGGGAGACGGAGGGAUGGGGGUGGGCGAAGUGACAGACUGAGCGCUAGUCUGGGAGGAAGAGGAGGGAGCAUAUGGACAGAGAGAGUAUGAGCGAAUGUGUACGUGUGAUAGGCAGAUUGUUUUCUCUGUAAAUAUUUUCACAUUCAAUAAAGCCGUCAAACCGUGAAAGCAAA